AUGGGAACGUGCACUUGCUCCUGUGGUGGGGAGAACUGGAGAUCAUUCAACAUCGUGGGGCGCGCCUCGUGUGUUCCUCGCGCAGCCUACGAGACUUUCGGCUAUGUGGGGUUGGCCCUCGCUCUGAUGCAUCUCGCUCACGCGGUCUACAACUUGAUACAACAGCGCCGCAGUGAGGCCUAUUGGGGCGGACGGAGAAUGGUGGUGAAGAUGCUCGUCGACGUGUACCGCGAGCAGCUCAGCAUGAUUUCUAUCCUCCACGCGCCCGUGAUAGCCCUAUUCUUCGCCCUCGUGCUCUGGCUUCCGGACGAGAGCGUGAGGUGGUCCGCCGUGGCCUUGGGAGCGUCCCAGAGCUUGUCCGGUAUCGGAGCCGUGCGGACCGUGCAAGUACUGAUUCGAAGCGCCGACCCGCGACUAUUAAAGAAGGGCGCUACCGUCCUCAAGGUAUCUGCCGCGCUGACGCACCCGGUGGGGCGGUACACUUCCUUCUCUGCCGUAUCCAUCGGAGCGGUGUGCUUGAUCUGGCUUACGUUGAUGGCGCGUACCGGGCAGGGCUACAAGGUUGCUGCGAUCUCGUAUGUUCUGGUUGAAGGGUUGCCCAUUCUCGUCACGGUCAUGUGCAGCCGAUCCAUGAUUCGAAUCAUCGACUACUCGAUUGCUCAAGACGCUGCCAAGCAAAGGGCGCUCGGCGAUCAAACCACCAGCAGCGCCUGCAGCGCCGGAAGCGGCCACAACCGGACGAUGACGGUUGACCCGAAGCUCGCGGGGGCAAAGAAAACAAUAAUAUCGGCGAUGUUCUUCUGCAUCACCCUUACGGGCAUCGCUUCAACGGUGCUGAUCUUUGCGCUCACGACCGAGUACGGGUACGACAACCCCAUCGUGUUUCUGGCCACGCCGCUGGCCUUCGGCCCUCUGAUCGCGCUGUCGUUUCACGUACAGCUGCACUCGAAGAGGAACAAGGCGCGCCGGAGGGGCCAGCAGUCACCCCCGCAAUCGAACCUCAACUCCUUCUGCAGCAGCACCAGCGGCGACGCCAGAGGCCGGAGUGGCGGACGAAAAAUCACCGCCGCAUCCUUGAUGGCAACGCUCACCGGUACAUCGGACCGAAAAACCACGGCGGCGUCUGUGAUGGCCACGCUCACCGGCACGUCAGGGUGGAAGAACGUGAGCAAUCGCGUUGCGCCAACCGAUUUUUCGGCACUAGAGCAGGCAAAAGGAGCUCAACUCGCUAGGCCGGCGGCCCCGGAAAGACGUGGCAACAGUGUGAUCGCAGACACUGCCGUGGAAUAG